ACUAAUCUCUCUCUCUUCGCCGCCACCUCUCUCAAACUCCGAAGGGAAUAUUCAUUCAUCGAAAGAAAGGGGGGACGAGAAAGAAAAACAAAAGCUGGUCGAGAUCAAUUGGAGCCAUCAAUGGCGUUCUCCUGCUCCCAUUUCUCUUCUUCCUGCUUCAAAUCUAACGGUUCCCCUCCAUCCGUCAGCGAUUCUAAGCUCCCAACCAAUCUCCAUACCUCCAUCCGGCUCCCUCUCACUCGGUCCCUCUUUCCUCUCACCAUCAGGGCUCAAAACCCUAAUCGGACCUCCGGAACCCUAAUUUUGUCUGCAGGCGGAAAUGACAACCUCCCUCCCCCUAACGAUGGCGGAGGUAAUGGCGGCGGCGGAGGCGACGACGAGGACGAUUAUGAGGAAGCUGAGUUCGGCCCGAUAAUGAAGUUUGAGGAGGUGAUGAAAGAGGCGGAGGCUCGAGGGGCGACGCUGCCUAAUGAUAUGUUGGAGGCAGCCAAAUCCGUGGGAAUUCGGAGGUUGCUUCUUCUUAGAUAUCUAGAUUUGCAGGGGUCGGUUUGGCCUCUUGGGAUGUUGAUGAGGUCGUGUUCCAUGCUGCGGGAUCGAAUGCUGGCGGAUCCCUCGUUUCUUUUUAAAGUUGGCACUGAGAUAGUUAUAGACUCUUGCUGUGCAACAUUUGCUGAGGUCCAAAAGAGGGGGAAGGAUUUCUGGGCAGAGUUUGAGCUGUAUGCAGCUGAUCUUUUGGUGGGAAUUGUUGUGGACAUUGCCUUGGUUGGUAUGUUGGCACCUUAUGCACGUAUAGGAAAGCCUUCUGUGAAGUCAGGUUUCUUUGCUUCCAUGGCGCGAGCUUGUAAUUCUCUUCCUAGCAGUGUCUUCGAAGCUGAAAGGCCAGGAUGUAAAUUUUCUGUUCAACAAAGGAUCGGAACGUACUUUUACAAGGGAGUUUUGUAUGGUACAGUUGGAUUUGUAUGUGGUAUUGUAGGCCAAGGCAUCGCUAAUUUGAUUAUGACUGCAAAGCGGAGUGUCAAGAAAUCAGAAGAGGAUGUGCCAGUUCCACCUCUUGUGAAAAGUGCUGCACUUUGGGGUGUAUUUCUCGCGGUUUCUUCCAAUACUCGGUACCAGGUCAUUAAUGGGCUGGAGCGAGUUGUUGAAGCAUCACCUCUGGCCAAAAACAUCCCACCUAUCGCGAUGGCUUUCACAGUUGGUGUACGGUUUGCCAACAACAUUUAUGGCGGUAUGCAGUUUGUGGAUUGGGCUCGUCUGAGUGGGGUGCAGUGAUGAUUAUGCAGGAUUAUUCCAAGCCACGGGUGGCUACUGGCGAGGUCAUUAUAGCCUAGUCCACGGUUUGAGAAGCAGACAUUUUUGGUUCUACUUCUCCUGUGGUUGUUGAAAUACAAGUGACUGUUAGUUUUUAGCUCACCUAUUGAAAUUCUUUAAGCGACGGGCUUCAACUGCAGUUGGAUUAGGAUGUCAUACCUAGCAAGUUCUGUAUGCCGCAUCAUGUGGAAUUUCUUGGAAAGGGAAGAGAGUGCCGAAGGCUUUAUUUAUUUAUAGAUUCAGUAAUGUAUCAAAUAAGCAUCCGUGCUCAAUAUAUUUCCGCUGGUAUUCUUGCAACCGACUUGUUUAUUACUCUUUUUUUCUUUCAUGUAUUUUUUUGGCUGAAUAGUUAAUUGUGUUAAAAUUUGUGCUUAUUGUUUAGCA